GAUUUCCGGUUCCUCUGUCAAAUCACUUAGUUAGCAAAACAGCUAUCUAGCCUGUGUGUGUUAGCUGGGUGACAGCUCGGAAAACCUCUGGCCGUACGGAGAGAAGUGGAUCCGCCUGGAGGCUGACAUCUCCCCCCCGGUGAACACCUCGCAGCGGACGACUCGACCUCGGAUGGCAGCAGCAGCAGCACUGGUCGUCGUGGGACCCACAUAGAGAACGAGGGACUCAGGUUCUACCUCCAGGUGAUGAGCGUCAACCCCUUCUGGAGCAUGUCUACCAGCACCAGUCGCAAGCAGAGAGCUGACGAUGGGGAGGAGCAGGGCAGCCAGGGCGAGCCCCGGGCCAGCCCCGCCCGCCUCUCCUUCGGGAAGAAGCAGCUCCCGGCCAUCCCCAAGAACGCCGCCCCCGUCACCAAGCUGACCGCCACGGCCAUGGUGCCGCCGGCCACCAACGGCACGCACGCCUCCUACGGGCCCUUCUACCUGGAGUACUCACUGCUGGCCGAGUUCACACUUGUGAUAAAGCAGAAGCUGCCAGGAAUAUACGUCCAGCCGUCCUAUAAGUCUGCAUUAAUGUGGUUCGGAGUGAUCUUCAUCAGACACGGCCUGUACCAGGACGGCGUCUUUAAAUUCACUGUGUACAUCCCGGAUAACUAUCCCGACGGGGAGUGUCCUCGAGUGGUCUUCGACAUCCCAGUCUUCCAUCCACUGGUGGACCCAGUCUCCGGCGAGCUUGACGUCCGCAGAGCGUUUACUAAAUGGAGACGGAACCACAACCACAUCUGGCAGGUGUUGAUGUAUGCGCGUACGGUGUUCUACAAGAUCAACACCACGGAGCCAUUGAACCCAGAAGCUGCUGUGCUGUAUGACAAAGAUGUACAGCUGUUCAAAAGUAAGGUGGUGGACAGCGUGAAGCUAUGCAACAGCCAUCUCUUUGACCAACCCAAAAUCGACGAUCCAUAUGCAAUAAGUUUCUCUCCGUGGAACCCGGCUGUCCACGAUGAGGCCAAGGAGCGCAUGUUUGCCCAUAAAAGAAGACCAGAAGAUCAGCACAAGGGAGUCCAGGUGACCGGCCUCUCCUGGGUGAAGCCCGGAUCCACACAGCCUUUCAGCAAGGAGGACAACUCUCCCCAGAGCUGAGCCUGCAGUUACCACACGGCGGCCACCAGAGGGAGACAGGGAGCAGAGCGCUGUCCCACCGUUAGCCUCGGCUGUUCCUGUGACCCUCAGCACUUGGGUGGACUCGUUUAACUUGACUUAAUUGCUCAGCUUUAAAAGACUUUUAGGCAUCUGCCCAGACAGCUUUAGAAUAAGGACACAUCUUCGGUAUUGUAUGUAAAUCGAUGACAACUGGAUGUCUUAGAAAACAUUAUCGGCUGCAAUGCAAUCAAAGAGCUCUUUCCUCAUUUCAGUCGUAGGGACCCCUGCAUAUGGUUUGGGUUAGGUUGAUUACUGUGCCACCCAGAAGGUGCUGAGACGUGAACUAGUUAAAGUAAACUGCGUAUAUAAUGCAGUGUGUGGCCGACUUGCGGCCAUCGGCCCCGACGUAUAAUUGACAGGAAUCAGAAUGUUUGAUGGGAUGACUCUGUAAUAGUUCAAUUUUUUUUUCUAUCUUUAAGACUUUUUUCCAUUUUGGUUUUUCUUAAAUUUUUCUGUUAACGAGUCCGUCUUAAAUAGUUCAUAAUAUAUUUAUAUCAAGCAGGCAAAGUACUUUUUUUUUUAAAUGCUAAAUUAAAUAAUCACAUUUAUUUUGCUCAUUUAAAAUGUUUGAGUUACCCUUAAUGAGUUCAUUAAAGGUUUGGUGUGAGUGUGUAUAUAUUCGAUGCUGUGGUUUCAUAACAUGGGUGUUUUGGGCCCAAGUGUCUCAAAUAUGCCCAAAACUAUUUUCCAUAUACAUUUUUGCAGUGAACAUUCUGAGAAAUGUGUUCAUGGAACAAUGAAUGAGAACUUAUUUUUUUUGAAGCUCAGACAUAUUUUGCUUUGACCCGUGACCUGUUGGGGGGGCCCGGUCAAACUGAGAGGCAGCCAUUCAACAUUGAGUGAUACAUGCAAGCUCUCUUUAUACAUGCUGAUUUGCAUUUAAAGGAAACUACUUUCACACGAAUGACUGCAAGGAUGCUUUUAGGAAAUGUGAGAUUCGAUUAUUUUUUUCUUUCUCAAAUAAAAGGUAUGAAAUACA